AUGACUAGUCAGGGCAAAGCAGAUGCUCCACCACCUUACGAGUCGUCAAAGGACUAUGAUGACUUUGUGAUCGACAAUAAAUCUAAAGAACUACUUCUGCCUAACCAGCCCGACGACCUUGGGUUCGCAGUCUCAUCUACCUUGACUAGAGGCCUGCAAGUACCAUCACGAACCGCCACAACCUCAUCUGGGUUUGAAUAUCCAGAGGAGCUGACACAACAUAAUAUCUCGAAAGAUCAAUGGGGCGACUUUACACAGGUUAUCUGUGAGGAAGCAAAGUUAUCACGACAACAAUGGACCACAGUGGUCGGGAAGGGGCUGGGCACACUCGCCAUCGGCGGGUUGAUGGUCGGUUUCCUAGGUGCUAUUCCAGCCGUUCUUGUCGCACGUCAUAUUCGACGACGAAAAGAACAGCGUAAUCUCAGUGCUGCGAUGACUGGAUCUCAGGGCGAGCGUCUCGCGCAUCAUAUCUCGCACUGGAAUGAGGGUUUCUUUCGUCCUCGAGGACUCUUGAUCAGAGUUGAUCUUCCUGAUGAAUUAGUCGAUGAUAUGGAAGAUAUGGAUCUGCAUUUGGGAGAUUGGAAAGCGAAGGCUGACCCAAAGGCCCGUGAUAAGGCUGCUCUUAAGGCGAGAAUUGUUAUUAUUCCAUUGGAGGGAAUAGCGUCAGAUUCAGAAGGUACUUGGUACACAGCUACAAGAAGUGUUUGA